AUGAAAUCAGUGUUUUUCAGCCGCUUCUUCAUCCUGCUGCCCUGGGUCCUUAUUGUCAUCAUUAUGAUCGAUAUCGACAGUAAAAGAACGAUCCGGGCUCCAGCAGCCGGUCGGAACGGCAGGGCGCAGCGGGCGGCCCUGACCGGCGCACCAGGGGCAGGUGGCACCCAGAACCAGACCGCCCUGCCGGUUAUCUACGCCAUCACUCCCACUUACACUCGUCCGGUGCAGAAAGCGGAGCUGACCCGUCUGGCCCACGCCUUCCGCCAGGUGCCCCGGCUCCACUGGAUCGUAGUGGAGGACUCGACGGCGCGCACUGAGCUGGUGGCGCGCUUCCUGGCCCGGUGCGGCGUGCCGUACACGCACCUGCAUGUGUUCACUCCCCGCAGGUUCAAGCGCGCCGGGAUGCCACGCGCCACCGAACAGAGGAAUGUGGCUCUCGCGUGGCUCCGGCAGCACCGGAGCACACGGGACGCCGGGGUGGUUUUCUUUGCGGAUGACGACAACACCUACAGCCUGGAGCUGUUUGAAGAGAUGCGUAGUACUCGAGGUGUGUCUAUUUGGCCUGUGGGAUUCGUAGGUGGCAGAGCGUAUGAGCGCCCACUGGUGUCCGGGGGUAAAGUUGUGGGCUGGUACACUGGCUGGAGACCGGACCGGCCCUUCGCCACCGACAUGGCAGGUUUCGCCGUGAACCUCCAGGUGAUCCUGGCAAACCCGCGGGCGCAGUUCAAGCGGCGCGGCUCCCAGCCGGGGAUGCAGGAGUCCGACUUCCUCAAGCAGAUCACCAAGGUCACCGAGUUGGAGCCCAAGGCCAAUAAUUGUACCCGGGUGCUGGUAUGGCACACUCGCACAGAGAAACCACACCUUGCAAAUGAACCCAAACAUCGGAAAGACACUGUUGUCAUUGAGGUGUGA